CAGCUCUGCCGGCGCCAUUUUGGACGCUCACCGCCGGGGGGGCCGGAGCGGGGCCGCCCCAGCCCCGCCGCGGCCGCGCCGCCGCCGCCUCCAUCCGCCGCCAUCGCCGCCCGCCGCCGCCGCCCGCCCCGCGCCGCCCGCCCCGCCCGCGCCGCCCGCUCCGCCCGACCCGCCGCGGCCGCUAUCGCCAGCACAAUAUGGCAGGAGCUGGAGGAGGAAAUGACAUUCAGUGGUGUUUUUCUCAGGUGAAAGGCGCUGUAGAUGAUGAUGUAGCAGAAGCGGAUAUAAUUUCUACAGUAGAGUUUAACCAUUCUGGAGAGUUGUUAGCAACAGGAGACAAGGGAGGCAGAGUUGUCAUUUUUCAACAGGAGCAGGAGAACAAAACCCAGUCUCACAGUAGAGGAGAAUACAAUGUUUACAGUACCUUUCAAAGCCAUGAACCAGAGUUUGACUACUUGAAAAGUUUAGAAAUUGAAGAGAAGAUCAACAAAAUUAGGUGGUUACCCCAGAAAAAUGCUGCUCAGUUUUUAUUGUCUACAAAUGAUAAAACAAUAAAGUUAUGGAAAAUCAGUGAAAGGGACAAAAGACCUGAGGGUUAUAACUUAAAGGAGGAGGAUGGACGGUAUAGGGAUCCUACUACAGUGACAACACUACGGGUGCCAGUGUUCAGGCCUAUGGACCUCAUGGUGGAAGCCAGCCCAAGAAGGAUAUUUGCCAAUGCCCACACAUAUCACAUCAAUUCCAUCUCCAUCAAUAGUGACUAUGAAACCUACCUGUCUGCAGAUGACCUGAGGAUCAACCUGUGGCACCUAGAAAUCACAGACAGAAGUUUCAACAUUGUAGAUAUCAAGCCUGCCAACAUGGAGGAGCUGACAGAGGUGAUCACAGCUGCAGAGUUCCACCCCAACAGCUGCAGCACCUUUGUCUACAGCAGCAGCAAAGGCACCAUCCGCCUGUGUGACAUGAGAGCCUCAGCCCUGUGUGACAGACACUCAAAGUUGUUUGAAGAACCAGAAGAUCCUAGCAACAGAUCAUUUUUCUCUGAAAUCAUCUCUUCCAUAUCUGAUGUCAAAUUUAGCCAUAGUGGUCGAUAUAUGAUGACUAGAGAUUAUCUGUCAGUGAAGAUCUGGGAUUUAAAUAUGGAAAAUAGACCUGUGGAAACAUACCAGGUGCAUGAAUACCUCAGAAGUAAACUCUGCUCCCUGUAUGAGAACGAUUGCAUUUUUGACAAGUUUGAAUGCUGUUGGAAUGGAUCAGACAGCAUUGUCAUGACAGGAUCCUACAACAACUUCUUCAGGAUGUUUGACCGGGGCAGCAAGCGGGACGUGACGCUGGAGGCGUCGCGGGAGAACAACAAGCCGCGCACGGUGCUGAAGCCGCGCAAGGUCUGCGCCAGCGGCAAGAGGAAGAAGGACGAGAUCAGCGUCGACAGCUUGGACUUCAACAAGAAGAUCCUGCACACGGCCUGGCACCCCAAGGAGAACAUCAUCGCUGUAGCCACCACAAACAACUUGUAUAUAUUUCAAGACAAGAUGAAUUAGGGUUGGCAUUCCUAACUGAAGAGUCACUUCCUGCAUAGUUGAAAUAGUUGAAUCUAGCAUUUGUACCUGUAAGGAAAGCAAGUGAGAGGUCCAUUAUGGCACCCCUUUCCAGUGUUUAAAAUGUGCCAUAUGACAACACACUUUUAUAGCUCCAUGGAGAAGGCUCUGUGGCUCUGUUGUCUCCAUGCCUGCUAGCCAUUUAGGUGAGGGUAGGGCACUUUUUAAUUUAAAUGACUACUUGCACCAUCUUGCCUAAUGGACUAGACUGGACUGUCUCAACAUCGGUUUACUCCACUUUUUAUGCCUUCCAUUGUGAUGACGUCAGACACAGGGAAAGCCUUCAAUCAUGCUAUGGGAUUUAAUUGUGUAACCUCAUUACUGUAUCAUUCGUGGCCCCCUUUUUUUAUUAAAUACAGCUCAUUCUUGCUGUGGCUUGUAGCAUUCCUCCUCCUUCUGGCCUCCUGGACUCCCCCUUCCCCCUCGUCCCCCUCCACCUCGCCUCGGUGGUGGUGUAUGGAAAAAAAAUAAACAAAAUAAAGCACAUAAAAUGGGUCCUUUUGGGGUCAGUGGUAAAGGGGGUCUGUGUUGCAACAAAUGUUUUAAUAAACAGUUGACUGUAAUCACUCCUUGCCAUGUCUGGCACCAAAAACAAAAAAAAGAAAAUAAGGAAAAAAACAAACAAACUACUGAAUAAAAGUGACAAAGAAUGGAGAAUCUGUUUUCUUUUUUUUUUUUUAAUCUACCUCUUUAUACAAAUACUCUGUGUUUUAUCUUAGAUGCAUGAAAAUAAAAUGAUGGUUUUUGUAAUGAUUUUAA